UGCCUCUGCGGAGCGGAUCAUAUGACUGCGUUUUCACUAGGAAGGAGCUUCGAGAAGUUGUUUUUCUCAAACAAAAAUAAUAAUGGUGGCGAUAUGCGAGCAUUGAUACACGUCUAGAUAGAUUCAUGCACGUUUCAAUAGAGGUUGGUGUGAAUAAUAUUUCCAAAUGGUUGUGGAUACAGGUAACUUUAUGAUGGGGCAGAAGUACACCUUUUUCUUUGCUGCCAAGGAAGGGCGUCUAAGUGACUUGGUCUGGGUGCUAAACCAAAAGAAUGCAUCACCAAACAUUCGAGAUGGAGAAGAUCAGUCGACUGCGCUGCAUUUUACAUCUGCAAGGGGCCAUGCAAGAUGUGCUGAUAUUCUCAUUAAAGCAGGUGCCCAUGUAAAUUGUAGAACAACAGAGGGGAUGACUCCUUUGCAUUUUGCAACAUAUGGAGGCCAUGUUGAAUGUGUUCGUAUUCUGUUAAAAGCCAAAGCUGAUGUGCAUGCUACUACAAGAUUUGGUUGUACUGCUUUGCACCAGGCUGUAUUUUUCAAUAGGCAUAAAUGUGCCGAAAUUAUUUUAGAAAAUGGAGGUGGCAUAAAUACACAAGAAAAUUGGGGUCUCACACCUCUAGCAAUCGCAUCACAGAAAGGGAACAGGCAAUGUAUAUAUAAUGGCCAUGGAUUGGUCAAAAGCGAAAUGGUGAAAAUGCUUCUUUCCAAGAAUGCAUCAACAGGCCUGCGAGGAAAACUCGAUGGAAAGACUCCACUUCAUAUUUGCAUAGAGAACAAUUAUAUUGAUUGUGCAUUGGCACUUCUUGAUGCAGGGGCUGACCCUAAUAUCCAAGACAGCACCGGACAAACUACAUUGCACUAUGCAUGCAGAAAUGAGAAGGCCGAUUCCAUGGUGCCAAUUUUACUGGAAUAUGGUGCUAACCCUUGCUUGAUGGACAAAAACAAAGAAACUGCUCUGGAAAUGCUGUCUAACCCAAAGAAUAGAAAUGUUUCAUCGAGUACCAAAGAUGCUUUAGAGAACAAUCUCAAAUUUUCUGAAGGAAAACCAAGAUCUCUACAGACACAUUGUCGUGUAAUGGUCCGAAGGACAAUUGGACCUUCAAAUGGCAAAUCCAUCGAAGAAUUGCCUUUGCCAAGCCAUUUAAUUCGUUAUCUUAGAUUUGAUGGACUGCUAUAGAACUGAAUCAGUUUUAGCAAAUCUGCAAAAGCCUUUGACAGAACUAAUUUAUUGGCCACAAUACUUUAAAAAUAUCAAAUUCUCACCACCCUAGAUAUGCCUUAGAGGAAAGUUGAUACCUAAAUCGCUAGAGUUAACAACCAUUGGUUCACCUGCAAGGACUCGCAUGCUAGAAAAAAAAAUCAAGGUUGUGUUAAUAUUAGUUCAUAUUUCGACAUGUUUUGGUGUUUAGGAAAAACAGCCUGCUUUGUUUUUUCGUGCUUCAAUUUUGAUGUUAGGCGUUAUUUUUUCUCGUUACAAACCUUUUAUCAUCCACAGACACCAUUCGGCUAUCCUAUUUCUCAGGGCACGCCCCAACAAUACCAAACGGGGAUAGCAGCAAUGUAAAUAAAAUGUCAUGUUGCCCCUAACCCCCAUCAUAGGAAUGUUUUUGCUGACGCCAUUUCUCUUGUGUAUUUUGAUUCAAUACAUCUGUUUUAAUUUACAGGUUUAUCUAUGUAAAUAUUCCUAUAUAAAUAGUCUUUCAUUUAGCAGAGAAAUCUCCUUCCUGUGGUGAGGGCCCUGAGGCUAAACUUGUUUAAUAUGCAUGUGUUCAUAGGCUUGCUAAACAACAGUCUUUUAAUUUUGUGUACAGAUAGUAUUGCAUUUUGAUAAUGCUUUAUGUAUGGCGUAGUUACGAAUGAAAAGGCCUAAAAUA